AUGCCGAUCGUGUCCGAGGCCGCGCGGCGGGCGGACAGCGGGAGCUCCGGCUUCGGCCGCCGGGGCGGGUGGUCGCCGUCGUCGUCGACGAUGGUGCCGGGCAGCGACAGCAGGGCGGCGGUGCUGCAGUGCGACGAGAUGGAGGAGAGCGACGGGGAGGUGCAGAGCUCUUACAGGGGCCCGUUCGAAACCAUGGAGGCGCUGCAGGACGCGCUGCCCAGCAACAGGAAAAGAGUAUCCAAAUUCUACAAUGGCGAGUCAAGUUCUAAUGUCGCUGGUGCUGCUCAACUUGCACAAGCCACUGCCAGUCCUGGCAACCCAUCCCCCAAGAAGCGCAAGGGCUUCCUCUCCUUCAGUUUCAGCUGGACCAAGUCGAGGAGCAGAGGGUCAAGCAGCAGCAGGAGGGCACCUUCUCCAGCUCCUGCAAGCUCCUCUCAGGGCCACAGCGGGCGUGCCAACAAUGAGCACGCCCGCCGCUGGCUGCAGAGGAGCUCCAGCACGAGGGCCGCCGUCUCCACUUCCCCAGCAGCCGCCGCCGCCCUCCGCUCCUCCUCCUCCCAGCUGAUCGCCGUCCAGAUGCAGGCCGUUUGCCUGGAGGACGUGGCGGAGUCCACCGCCUCGCUUUGUCCCCGGGAGAAGCGCAGGAGGAGCUUGCAGUAGCGGCGGGCAGCUUCGCCUGCCCACCAAGCUCCACCCACUGGUGUGGUGCCCGUCUCUUCUAGACGCGGCGGAAUCCAGUCGCCGGUGCUCCCGUUUUCAGUGCCAUGGAUGGAUGCUUGAUCAUGUAAGGUUUCGGCUGCAAUUGUGUACAGUGGC